AGGGUGAUUUAGCAGCGGCAACCAUCGUAGUUCUUUUUUAGGGCAGAAAAUGUAUGCUCUGAAGUCGCCGAUGCCACAGCUAUAAAAGUCAAAUACAACCUUAAGAGUUUGGCUUCUGAACACUGGCCGGAGCUGUUCCAAAAAAACACCCCUGCAACAUAUUAUUUCCCCAAGCGCGAUCCUGGUAACACGAUUUGUCAAAAAGAUCACGAGACUGAAUAUCUUCAGCUGUAUCUUGCCAAAACAAUUUUAUACCGAAAAGUGAUGUGGGGGUUCGGGGGCGUGGCGUGCCCCCAAAUUUUCAUUUGGGGGGCAUACAACCCUCUCCCUCCCCCCCCUUCCCAUCCCUGCUCCGUCGCCUAUGAAAGCGGAUGCAACGCCAUAUUAAUUAUUUUGGUAUCCUGCAUGAACCCGCAUGCGCCGUUUAUUGACCAGACUGCUAUAAUAUGUCACGCCACUGUGUCACAACCGUGGAGUCAAUCUGGGUUGACUACAGGACAGCGGCGAGAGUGAUCCACAAUUUUUUAUUGGACACUUGAACUAAAUCAAGCUCCUAGCUUACGAUCUGCGAAAGAUUCAACCUUCGCCAAAAAUCUGAAGAGGCAGUAUUUGCUACAUUCCAGAUCCAAACCUUUAUAUUAUUCCAUUAACUUACUCCAGCAAGGUAAAUAUCAGAGUUGUUCUCGUUUGGAUAAAGGAUAACGAGUAUACCUGACGAAGCCGGAAAUUCGUAUAGUCGCUCUCGCUCUUUUUUUUAGCACGUCCAGAUAUUUCCUCAAACUCUUGUUCUUCGAUGGCUGCAAAGUAUGAAUUGCCUGAGGAAGUCAGCGAGGAACGUUUGAAGUCUCUAGGAAGGGAGGUGGAGAUGAAAACAUUUCAAACAAACGUUGACCCCGAGGCAAAAACGAAAGACAGCAGUCACAAAUCAUUAAAACAAACUUCACGCCAGAGGGACAAUGGAACGACAGUGGUUCCGCCGUUAGUGAAACUAUUUUGUGUCGGGGACUACACUGGCGGAAGAGACAAAAAAGGUGUGUUUGUUGAAGAUUAUCUGCAAGUUAAGUGUCCACUGGCUCAAACGGAGUCUCUGACUCCAACAACCGGUAGGAGUCGUUAUUUUAAAAUGAUGAGAUGGCAGAGAAAAGACACUGAGAAGUCAUUCUCGAUCAAGCUGUACCUGCAAAUCUUGGAAAUAGCUGAAACAGAUUUAAACACAAACGCGUUUUAUUCUUGAUUCAGGUUUGGAGCGUUAGUCUUCUGGGAAGCAGGAAGUCCAUCUUCGCUGGAGGGAGCUACAAAAUGGAGGCAAAACAUUAGACAGUUCCUGGCAUCGAUUCCAUGCGUUCUAAUCACAGACAAUGUAACUAAGCCAGGUCAGGAACCGCUGCAGUGGAUUGGGCCUGGAAAGAUAUUUGAGAGUGAGGUAGCGCUGGAUCAGUUCUGUAAAGAUCACGGCUUUGUGGAUCAUUUUGAGAUCAAGUCACGCGACUGGGAAUCUGGUGAAAAAAGCGUCUUUGGACAAGCUGUGAGCUGUCUUCUUGGCGAGAUUUUCAGAAAUUUUUGUUUUUUUCAAAUAAAGAAGCCUGUGUAGUUGGGUAAAGUGAUUGUGACAGCGACAAGCUACAUGACUGACUUUUUGACCUUCAGAGACACCCUCUUUAAAGCCCAAGGAAGGUACCCCAAAUAUUCAUGCGGGGUCGGGGGGUGGGGGAGGGGGUAAUAAUCUCCCUACUCCAUGUUAGUCCUAACCCAGAAACAUUUCAAGACCAAAUCCAACCUAAAAAAUGCGUCAAUUCGGUUGCUGAACACGUGUAAAUUCGGCUUCGGGUUAAUUACAAGUCGCACUCUCGAGAGAUUAUAAUAACAACGGGAAAUUUUUUUAAGAAUGUACCAUCAGUAUUACUAACCAGAUAGCAUAAUCAAGAGAAGUUUCCUUUACGAUUCCUAGCUUUCUGGUCUCGGAUGAACCUAUCAGUGAAGCGCCCUCGUUCCCGUGGUCUUUUCAAGAUGGCGGACACGAUUGCUAGCGCGCGUCUGUUUGUUCUAUACUUUCUAACACUCAAAAUCCGUCGACUUGAUUUGAAGUUUUAUAACAAUAACUUGUGUAUGUAAUGUAUAUGUCAUGAUUAUAUAUAACUUCCAAAUAAAAUCUAAGCCUAAGUUGACGUAACGUUGUCCUUCUCAAUACCCGAUUGCCCUCUGACACAUCGGGAGUUCCCUGCACAAUGGAAGUCCUGUAUAUUAAAUAGAGACGGGUGCAACCAUCCAAACUUUGAAAAGAAAUUUCUUAAGAGUGCCAGACUCCCUGGGGGAGGGACUCUCAUUUAAAAAGGAUGAGGAGGUUCAUCGUACCUUUUAAAGGUACGCCAACUGAGAAAUAACCCUCGGUCAGGUCCCCUGUGAGUAUUCAAAAUAUGAAUUCGGCCAGUAUUCUCUUUUUCGGCAGCUGAUGGCGCGAGAGGCCGUCGUAGGCGUAACUGUUUUUCAAGGCCUGCACAGUUCUACGUAUAUACUGCCUAGGUGAAUGUGUGACUCGUUCAUCCUACGUAACAAAAACAUUUCCUCAAAGAAUUGUCCCUCUCACGGUACGAUAUGGUCACACACUGAAACAAGUACAACUAUCGAAAGUGAACUUCAAGCUGAACGAAAUGGAGUUCAUUUUGUGAUUGCAAAAAUUAUCUUUUUCAAUCAAAGGACUAGAGCCUGGACGGCACUCAUUUAUCAGGCGGUUAAUUGAGUCGACGGCUAACAAGGUUAAAAUCAUCUAGUUGUUCCGCUACGCCGGGGAGAUUUCCCAGAUUGCAAGUACAUGACACUGAAACCGGAAAAAGUAGCUAGAAGUGCUGACAUCUUUUUUCUUGCUUUUAGUGUGCUGAUUAUCUUCAACAGAUUCUUUCCUCGAUGGCUACAAAGUAUGAAUUGCCAGAGAAAGUCAAUGAGAAAUGUUUAAGGACUCUAGGAAGGGAGGUAGAGAUGAAGACAUUUAAAACAAACGUCGCCCCGGAAGGAGAAACAAGCGAGAAUGAUAGCCUGGUGAAAAUAGUUUGUGUAGGAGACUAUACUGAUGGAGUGCAAACCAAAGGCGUCUUUAUUGAUGAUUAUCGACAAAUUCAGCCUGACGUUAAGUCGUGUAAGCGUCCAGUAAUUGGUGUAGAUUUUCAUUUAAAGACAAUAAAAUGGCAGAGAAGAGAAACUGAGGAGCCUGUCUUGACAAGACUACAGUUCUGGGAAAUCGGCGAACAGGAACGGUUUUCUGACAUGACAAGGCUUUACUUUAGAUUCAGCCACGGAGUGUUAGUUUUCUGGGGAACACAUCAGCUAUCUUCGCUGGAGGGAGCUACAAAAUGGAGACAGGAAGUUAGAAAUUACUCGCCAUCGAUUCCAUGCGUUCUAAUCACAGACAAUGUAAAUAAGCCAGGUCAGGAACCGCUGCAAUGGAUUGGACCUGGAAAAAUAUUUGAGAGUGAGGUAGCACUGGAUCAGUUCUGUAAAGAUCACGGCUUUGUGGAUCAUUUUGAGAUCAAGUCACGCGACUGGGAAUCUGGUGAAAAAAGCGUUUUUGGACAAGCUGUGAACCGUCUUCUAAAGAUAAUUUUCGAUGACGCGGGAGCGGAUGUAAUCAGGUAGUAUGUUUGUGACAGCGAUGCAUGCAAUGGAUGUCAUCAGUGACUCGCGAGAUUACAAAUUUGUUUCGUGAAGGUUUGCAACAUUAAUUUUCUUAUAUAUAAACCUUACGUAAUUUCUCCCUCAUUUACUGUUGAUUGUAAGAAGGCCGGAAGGAGUAAAAUGAAAAUUGGGAUUUGCCUUUUCUUUUUCACUGGGAAAAAUAAAAUUUGAGUCACUGGUACUGGAAAUCACAAAUGAACAACUGGGGCUGGGAUUUGGGCAAAAAAAAAAAAAAUUAGGCUGUGAAAUGAGAUUUGCUCUUCUUUCAAGACACUUACAAGAUAAAGAAAAGAGAAGAAAAUCACUGCAACAGACUUUUUGAGGAUAGCCUGUAGUAAUUUAAUCAUUUAAGGCAUUAUAAUCAGUAUUUGCCUGCCGAGUUAGGGGCCCUGGGAAUUAUUUUGGUUAACAUACAUUUGUAGGUUCAAGGUAAAUAUUUGUAACGGUUAAGACUUGGUAAAUGCCCGCCGAAUCAUUGCAUAACUAAGUAUGAUUUCUUACUUCAUACCAUGACCAGCUUGAACAAUUCCAUAAUUGUACAUCCUUUGGAGAUGUCAGACUUCCCAUCUCCUCUCAGCUGUUUUUUUU